ACGUUGAGACGAAGUAAACCGAUGAGGGUCGAUUAGUCGUGUCUGUGUGCACUGUGCUCGGGCGAACAUGCUAACAGGAACCUGAAGAGUGUGUGAUUUUCUUCUUUUACUCCGUGUUUUUGAGAAUUAAUCUUUCUUUACAGCAGUGACGAUGCUGCCUCUGAAGGAGAAGGACAAAGCCAUCGUCCAGAAGCUGCUGUCGUCCGGCUGCUGCGCUCGCUGCGUCCUCAGAUUCUGCUGUGUCCGUCUUCAGGCUGUUUAUCGUCAGCCUCCACAGGGGACACUCAGGGAGCUCCAGGAUUUCGUCAAACCCCAAGAGUCCGCAGAGUCCGCAGAGUCCACGGGAGAGAACAACAAGUCCCACGAUGCACCUGUGCCUCCUCAGACUCCUCAGUCUGCGGACCCACCGAGCAAGCGAGCCAAACUGGAGCCCAGUCAGCCAGAGCAGGGCGCUGCUGAGACGGUGCCCAGUGUGUGUGUGGUGUGUUUGGGAAUCCUCCAGGAACUCUGUGACACCACUCAGGCUCUGAAGAUCGCAGAGGCGGUGAAGAUGGAGAAGUACGAGUUUGACUCGCUGGUGCUGUCCGUGUCUCUGCCCGCUCAGCUGUGUGUCCGUGAGCACUCCUGCUGGCUGCACGUGAAGAAGGAAGUGAGAGAGAAAGGCCUGCUGCUCGAUAAGGACGACGUCAUCCCGCUGAAGGAGGCCUUCAAGUGGAUCGUGCAGGGACCCAUCGCCAAGGAGCUGGGGGGCGUCUCCGUGGUUACCAAGAGUGCACUAGAGGUCGCUGUGGAGUUCACUCACCAACCAACAGACGCCGACUGUCACUUCCUUGCAUCAGCGUGUCCCGACUGCUUCAAACCCACCAAGAACAAACAGUCGGUGUUCACCAGGAUGGCCGUGGUCAAAGCUCUGGAGAAGAUCUCUGACGCCAAGUUCCUCAGACUCUUCGCCUGUCCUCCACCGCAGCCGUCCAGCUGCUGCGUCCCUCAGGGUGUCCACUGUCUCCAUCUGUCCGUCUUCAUAGCAGGCAGGUACAACAAGUUCUGCCGCAGUCUGCCUCAGACUCCCUGGGUGAUCGAUGGAGAGCGGAGGAUGGAGUCGUCGGUGGAGGAGCUGAUCGCGGCCCCCGUCCUCUCCGCCUUCAGAGCCGACGGUUUUAAUUUCUCGUCCUCUGGCAGGGAGGACGUGGACGUCCGAACCCUUGGAAACGGUCGUCCGUUUGCGAUGGAGCUGCUGAAUCCUCACAGAGCCAGACUGAACCAUGAGGAGAUGAAGCAGCUGCAACAGAGCAUUAACGCGUCGUCAGACAAAAUCAGAGUGAGAGACCUGCAGAUAGUUUCCAGAGAGGCCAUGAGUCGGAUGAAGGAGGGUGAGGAGGAGAAAACAAAGUCGUACACGGCUCUGAUCUGGAGCAGGAAACCGAUCAAGAGUGAAGACAUCGCAUUCAUCAGUGACAUCAAGGAGCUGACACUGGAUCAGAAAACUCCUCUGAGGGUUUUGCAUCGUCGAGCGCUCGCUGUGCGUCAGCGCGUCGUCCACAGCAUGAACGUCCGCUUCAUGGACGCUCAUCACUUCCACCUGGAACUGAAGACACAGGCGGGGACUUACAUCAAAGAGUUUGUCCACGGAGACUUCGGCCGAACUAAACCCAACCUGUGUGAGCUGCUGAAGACGGACACCGACAUCCUGGAGCUGGACGUGGAGUCUGUGGACGUGGAUUGGCCUCCUGCUAUUCCAGAGUGAACCCCGCCCUCAUUCUGACGUCUCUUCCUGGACCCGAGAGGCUGCCGCGGGUUCAGACCCGACAGAGACGCUUCUGUCACGACGUCCAGCACAAAAUGGAAACACGCAGUCACACAGUUCUGCUGCUCUGUGACCAAACACUCAGGAUCAGUGUUUCCUGAACUUUCAAGAAGAUGACGUACUUUUUAAAGACGGAAAACCAACGUGACCCAAAUCCCGAUAGAAAUCUGUACAGGAGUAAGUUCUUUUGCAUAAUACAACAGAAUGCUUGACAAUUCUGCCAAUUUUUUUUGCUCAUGAUCCAUGUGUGGGGUCACGACCCAGAAUGUGGGAACCACUGAUCUUAGAUUAUUUAGUUUUACGGGUUUGAAAUAUGAGUUAGCAGUGACCCACCAGGGGGCGACUGCACUGGUCUGAAUGGAAGUUUUAGUUUCUUCUUCUGAAAUAGAACAAAAAUGUUGACAUUUGGAGGAAAAUAAACGAUAACAUUUACGACACUCGAGUUAUUGACAGCCGAAAUCAUCCAAUAAGAGUCUGGAUGCUGGUCAGUUUUACAAAAAAAACGGACACAGUAAUGGUGAAAUUGUGAAUGUUCGCACUUUUUUUUUUACUUUUUUAUUGAGGGAGGAGCCGAUCGAUCAAUACUGGACAAAAUUGACUUUUCAUGGUUGAAAAAUAUGCUUUUCCACCUGAAAUACGAGUCAGUUAUGUGUAAGAAAUGUAAGGCUGCCAUCAACGAUUUAGUCCGACAGGAAGUGAAACAGGAAGUCCAUCAGAAGUUUUGCAUUGAAAGCCAGGGCUGUUUUUUAGGCCAACGGUUCUAUUGUUUUGUUUUUGUAUCAUCACGAUGUCUAUAGAACAUUUUUAUUAAAGAAAUAAAAAGUUUUUGACUUCUG